UAGUCCGGGCCAGCUGGCUGUGACGCUGCAGGCAGCAGCAGCAGGUGUGGACGCUCGGUGCCUUUAAUUUUUUUAUUUUGCUUUGAUUGCUUGAGCUCGCGGGCUCAUGCCACAACGUGUAGUCCAAGUGAAGCGGAUCCUUGUCCAGCUCUUGAUGUGAGCCCGUGUGUGUGGUUCCCUGUCAAGAUGUCGUCGGUCGAACAGGACGGAACCUUCAGUCAGCUCAAUAAGUUUGAGAAACUGUCGUGGAGGCCUUCAAUCCGAGACUCAGGCCCCAAGAAGCGAGCAAGGUGGCUUCAGGCUCGGCGCAUCUUCUCUCCUUCCUGCCCAAACCUGCGGAUCCCCAACAGGUUUCUGAGAGAAGGACACUGUGUCCCCCCUGCUCGAAGUGGACACCGCUGUGUUGCAGACAACGCUAACCUGUAUGUGUUUGGAGGAUACAACCCUGACUUUGAGGAGGCAGGAGGCUCAGAGAAUGAAGACUACCCUCUUUUUAGGGAGCUUUGGCGAUUUCAUUUUGCCACAGCGACCUGGCAGCAGGUCCGCACUGAGGGUUACAUGCCCACAGAGUUAGCCUCUAUGUCAGCUGUUUUACACGGCAACAACCUGCUCGUGUUUGGCGGCACUGGGAUUCCCUUUGGGGAAAACAACGGCAACGAUGUACACGUCUGCAAUGUUCAGUACAAACGAUGGAACGUGCUCAACUGCAGGGGGAAGAAACCCAACAAGAUCUACGGACAGGCAAUGGUCAUCAUUAAUGGCUACCUCUACGUGUUUGGAGGAACAACAGGCUACCUUUACAGCACCGACCUGCACAGGCUGGACCUGACCACUAGAGAGUGGACCCACCUUAAACCCAACAAUGCACCCUCAGAUCUCCCUGAGGAAAGGUACAGACAUGAAUUAGCUCAUGAUGGACAGAGAAUAUAUAUUUUAGGAGGUGGGACUUCCUGGACAUCAUAUCCUCUGGACAAGAUUCAUGCAUAUAACUUGGAGACCAACUCCUGGGAGGAAAUUGUCACCAAACCUCAUGAAAAAAUAGGCUUUCCUGCCGCCCGCCGCUGUCACAGCUGUGUGCAGGUCAAAGAUGAGGUGUUUAUAUGUGGGGGUUAUAAUGGAGAAACUAUCCUGUCUGAUCUGUGGAAGAUCAACCUGCAGACUUUUCAGUGGACCAAGCUGCCUGCCAUCAUGCCAGAGCCCGCUUACUUUCACUGUGCUGCCGUCACACCGGCUGGCUGCAUGUACGUGCACGGUGGAGUGGUCAACAUGUCCGGGAACAAGAGAACUGGCUCUUUGUACAAAGUGUGGUUGACGGUGCCCAGCCUGCUGGAACUGACCUGGGAGAAACUGCUGAAAACCUUCCCUCAUGUAGCCCAACUGUCCACUCUUCAGCUGCUCAGCCUGGGACUGACACACACGCUGAUUCAGCGGCUCAAAUAGACAGAGCUCAGAGACUGAAGGAGGCCGCAUGUGAUGGAGCUGCAUCAACACUAAAGUGACCCAGCAGCACAAGGUUCUUGUCAGGACAAGGAAAGUCUGAUGUCAUGAAAAAAGUUUUGAAUGCCUUUAACUUCGGUCUUUGGUAAGUGAGGUGUUUUUUUAUUUUAUCUUUUAAAAUGCAAAGUGUGAUGAGUUUCUCUGUAGAGGAAUGCGUCAAAGCUGACUUUGCACACGUCUAUCAGAAGCCAUCACUCUCUGCUCAUUCCAUGAACUCCAUCUACUUCAGAGGCUUCCUGAGUUUUGGGUCCACUAUUGUGCAUUUUUUCUGUUUACUAUUCUACAGCACAACUGUCAUAGGAGUUAGCUGAGCCUGAGUGGGGGCAGUUCAAUGUUCAAGAAGACCACUCUUUGAAAGGCAAAAUCAAUGUUGCUUCUGCUUGUGUAAUUUCAGCUCCCAUUCAAAGGCUGACAUCAGCUUGAUUUUUCUGUCACUGCAGAGACAACACGGUGCAACUGGCCACCAUUCUUAAUUUGUUCAGUCAGCUGCUGCUAUGUUCACUGUGAGAUGGUCAGUUGAGAAGUAACAGUAAAACUGUGCUGAUAGAAACAAGACUUUCCAUUUUAUGAAUCCAAAAAUUCUGAAGAAGCACACUGCUGAUCAUUUAUGUGCACAAUAUAACUGUGAAACCUCUCGAGAGUCUGAUUAGGUCUUUUAUUUAUCAAAUCGUGUUUUAGCCUUCAGUCUUGCAUUAAGUUUUUAUCAUUGGGCCUUCGGUUGAAUUGAAAAAUGCUCUCAUGACUGGUCCAGUCAGGCCUUGUAAUCAGAUAGAGAACUCUUUAAACACCACUAACAUGGCAUCACUGUGAAUCUUCUUGUGCCUCUUCCUCUUUACAAAGAAUGAAGCCUAGAGAUGAAUUUAUACGUGUAGCUUCACAGUUAUCAUCGAGCAUUUAUGUUUCCUCAUUUGGUGCCUUCUGAAUUUCCAAGUUGCACACACUUUGGUUUUAUAUUGUUGUUAAUCUUUGUACAGUUGUUUUUUGCUUUUUCCCCCCCUGAACUGUGUACAUGUAGCUUUCUAAACUGGCUUUUCACACAUGAGCCUUUUGUGGCUGAAUUAUUCAGUUCAAGGUUCAUCAGGACAUACUGCUCUUCUUCAGUUCAGAGAUGUUUGUUACAUAUUUAUUUAAAUCCCUUAUUUUAUUACCAAACUCUGAAUUGAGGCAGAACUACGUUGUUUGAUUUUAUUCUCAUUAUAUUUCCUGAAUUUAAUUUCAACCUUUUUAUACUGUAACAUAGGCUGUUAUUUUUAUUACAUACAUUUUUUUUCAAUUGUGGUCUCGUUUUUCAGAAGACUAGUGUAGUGCAGUGGUACUUUGAAAGAUAGCUGGUACAGGACUUUGUUAUCUAGGAACCAGGAGGAGCAUGUACAGUGCACUCAGGAUGUUAAAUACUGUGAUCAGACUCAGUCUGCAGGGCUCCGCAAACAUUCAGCUUGACGAAAUGUCAACAGACACAGCCAUUUUUGUGAAACCAGGUAUAGGUUUGUCAAGAUGUUUGGUCACUGUGGAUUGUAAAUCUUAAAACUGUUGUCAUACUCCCUGCUGCUUGUGUUGAGUCACAUUUGCCUUUUUUGUCACCUGUCCUCUAUUUAGAAUUAGAGUUUUCACUAUCUGCAGCUUCUUAUUUCACACGAUCACUGUAACUGUUGGCACAAUACUAAAUGCACUCAUCUAAAACUUACUGUGUCAUGAAACUCUUAUUUGUAUCUUCUGGUGAAGCAGCAGCCUGCUUCUGUAUGUGCUUGGACUUGAUAAAUGUACUGCCUUGCUCGAGAUAGGGACGUUAAUAUUUGCAUCAUUUUUGAUGUUAAAGUGAAAUGAUCUCUUUUGCAUGUCAGUAUGGUGUGCAUGCCACUUUACAUAAAAAUCUCUCUCUUGGGAGAAAAGGUGAAUGUCUCCUCAAAGGCAGUUGUGGCUGUAAUGUUCAUUAUGUUUUGUAACUCCUGUCUGGACAGACAAUAAAAACAUAGACAGCCCGUUUUUCAAA